UCGGAGCAUUGCUUAAUCCUCUGUGCAUUUUAAGAAGACAAAACUGAAAGCUCCAGUUUAAAGAGAAGAGCAAAGAGGAGGCAUGGAGAUGGAGGAGAUCGCGAAAGAGCCAGAUGCCGGAGAGGGGCCAAGUGAGACCGCCAAAACCGAAGAUGAGAUUUAUUCCAAACUGCAGAGCCCGUCCGAGGACCUGUACACCGACGCCAAGUUUCUCUCUCAACCUUCAAAGCAAAAACCUGCACUGCAGGGCGAGCGUCGGUGGAGACUGGGGUGCCUGUGCCUCGGGGUCAUCUGCCUGAUCCUGGUCUUCACCGUCAUCGUGCUGGUGAUGAAACCCCAAAAAGAGCCGCCCGCCUGUGAAGUGUCGCCGUCAAAGCCUGUCCCUCUGACCAUUCUGAUGCAGGGUUACCGCCCAAGGAGCCAAAACCAGAACUCUCUGUGCCCCGCUCGCUGGUUAUAUUCAAGUCACCUCUGUUUUUUGUUGUCGACGGACAGAAAAACCUGGGGUGACAGUCAGUCUUUCUGUCAUGGCGAGAGUGGAAGCCUGGCAGUCGUCACAGACCCCGCCCUGCAGAAAUUUCUGACUGAUAAUGGAGCUCAGGAGUACUGGGUCGGCCUGAAACGGGAGGGCGGUAGAGACUGGACUUGGGUCAACGGUGAAAGUUUUAAUGAAAACAGGUUCGAGUCUGGAGGGGGGACCUGUGCGGUGUUGAUGGGUAACAGCACCGGAAAAGCUCAGAAAACCUGGGUCAAGUUUUCCUGCGUACGCCCCAAGUACUACAUCUGUCAAAAAGCAAUGAGUAAAUGAGUGUGAAGCUUCACAUGGAUACACACUUUUAUAUCGGUUUAAUCCUCUCAAAAUGUAUCUGGAAUGUCUUGAGACUGGGAACUUUUACCCAUCUAGGACAGGGGUGUUAUAGAUGAAUGAUUUUAGAGCAGUAGUAGUAGUACCAGUAGUAGUAGUAGUAGUAGAAGUAGACAGUAGUAGUAGUAGACCUAGUUUAAUCCCUAUUUUAUUGUUUAGAUCGGGUUAAGACCUGUUUAAGACCUUGCCCAGAGCUGGUUUCACCUCGGUGUUGUCCCUGUUUAGACCUGCACUCUGUAGACACUGUUUAUUUGAUUUAAAGCUGCACUGUGUAACUUUACUCUUGCUGUGGGGCUGUGCUUUUAAACAUAUAUAUUUAUAGCAGGGCCACCACUACUUCUACAUUUGACCCAUAUGAUAUUAACUUUUACAUGCACCUCAUAAAAAAAAUGCACUAUGCAACUUUUGUUUUCUGCCACUUUCUUGUUUCUAUGGCGAAGAUGCUCUUGCUUUGCCUUGAAAGUUCCACAGUGGGGCAUUAAAUGUGCGUAUCUCAGUUGAGGGAGGGUGACGGCAGCGAAGCCAAAUCACAGGUGGAGAGGCGAGUCUCUCACUGUAAGUACGCACUUUAAUGCCAUGCUGUGGGACAUUCCAGGCAAAGCGAUACCAUCUACGUAGAAACGAGAAGGUUACACAAUGCGUCUUUAAUGGAAUACUCGUAAAAGUUAAUACUGCGUGAGUUGGAGCUUAACGAAAAAGGUUUGAGAGUUGCAGCGUAUGGGUCUAAUGCAGAUGUAAUGGCGGCUCUGCUAAAAACAUUUAUAUUUCAGGUUGAGUUUGAGUUUUAGGAAAGAGUUUGAUGGUUAAAAUGCGAGAGGUCAAAGGUCAACACAGAACGACGACGAAUGUGACGUAGGUGGUGUUCACUGAGGUCUGAUGAUGUUAUAUUUCAGCUGGAGAACGGGAAGAGGCUGAUGGAGCUCUGUUUGAAAAUGCACUGAACAUUUAUCCAAACAGAAAACCCACAACUGUUUCAUCUUUGUUUCUGUUUGGAUCUAAAAACUUGUAUUAUUUAACUGUCUUUAUAACCUGUAUUUAACUGAAUAAUAUUAAUAAUACUUUUUGACAAUAUACUAACAAAUACGACUCAAAUUACACAGAUAUUAACCAUAAAACAGGUCACACAUUUCAGGAUUCCUCGCUGUGCUCCAUGGCCAUUUUAAACUCAUGAAUGCAGCUUAUUCAGAGUUUAUAUUUAUAUUAAGAAGAAGAAGCUUAUUUUAUGUUGACAUUUGCUUUUAUCUGAAUGUAAAUCUGCCUUUUAUAAAAAACACUCUGAGUUUACUUUAUCUGCAAAUAUUCACACAUUUCUCUCAAGUUUUAUUCAGAAAUAAAAAAGUCCAUGACACC